AUGAUACGCAGCCCCGAGAUUCUGGCAAAGCCAGACGAUGCUUUUGCUCUCGCAAAGCUCGGAUACCAACAAGAACUCAAACGCAAUUUCUCGAAACUCGAAAUCCUUAGUGUCGCUUUUUCAAUCCUAGGUCUACUCCCUUCGAUAGCCUCAUCCUUGGUGUUCGCCAUCCCCGCCGGUCCUGUGGGUAUGGUAUGGGGUUGGUUCAUCGCCAGCGGGUUUACGUUUCUUGUCAGUGUUGCAAUGGCAGAUCUAGGUUCAGCAAUGCCGACAGCAGGAGGACUUUACUGGUGGACACAUUAUUUCAGCGCACCUGGAUGGAAAAACCCACUUGCGUUUCUGGUCGGAUAUUCGAAUACAUUGGGAGUUAUCAGCGGUCUCUGUUCGACAGAUUAUGGAUUUGCGUUAAUGUUUCUGUCGGUGGUACACUUGGCUGUAGGCGACGGCAAGGAUUUUGCACCAACGAGCGGAACGGUUUAUUUGGUUUUCAUCGUUUGCGUUCUUUCUCACGCGACUGUUGUUACUUUUGCAUCGAAAAUUAUGGCGAAGUUACAGGUGAUGUUUAUGGUUGCCAAUGUGCUGUUGAUUGCCGUAACACUCAUUGUGCUUCCUGUUGGAAAGAGAAAUACGAAUAGUGCGGAAUGGAUCUUUACGCAUUCGGAGAACUUGAGUGGCUGGCCUGCCAUAUGGACCUUCUUCCUGGCAUGGAUGUGUCCGAUUUGGAGCGUGGGAGGGUUUGAGGCGUGUAUUCACCUUUCCGAAGAAGCCCAAAAUGCAACAAUGGCGGUUCCAUGGGGCAUCAUGGGAUCUUGUGGAUUAAGCUGGAUACUAGGAACGGUUAUCAUGAUUGUUUUUGCUUCGAGUAUGACGACAGAUCUUGAGAGUCUGCUAAACUCGCCCUUGGGCCAACCGGUGGCACAAAUAUAUUACGACGCCCUGGGAAAGAACGGGGCAAUAGCCAUGAUGAUAUUAUUAUUUAUCAAUCAAUGGCUGAUGGGAGCUAGCGUUUUGGUAGCAGCAAGUCGACAAUCGUGGGCCUUUUCGCGAGAUGGAGCUCUACCGUUUGCAUCAUUUUUCAACAAGAUCUCAAAGGAAUUCGGUUACGUACCUGUCAGGACAAUAUGGGGAUGCGCAGGGUGUUCCGGAAUCCUAGGUCUCUUUUCUCUUAUCGCCCCAGCAGCAGCAUCAGCUCUUUUCUCCAUCGGAGUAGUCGGGAACCAUCUCGCCUGGUUCAUGCCAAUAUUCGCAAGAAUCGUCUGGGGUAGGGAUAAAUUCAUCCCAGGACCUUUUUACACCGGAGGGCUCAGUAUACCUAUAGCUGUCGUCGCAUGUCUAUUUUUGAUUUUCAGCAUUUUGACAGCAUGGAUGCCGAUCGAUGGGCCGAAUGUUACGCCACAAAAUAUGAAUUAUGCUAUUGUGGUAAACUUUGCGGUUUGGGGAGGUGCUUUGUUGUAUUAUUAUAUUGAUGCGAGGAAGUGGUUUACCGGUCCAAGGAUAACACUCGAUUCGUCGCAUUCGCAGUUGACGGAAGAGCAGGAAGAGAAGAUUGCGAAGGAGGCGUUGGUUGAUUUACGGCAUUAA